AUGGUUAACAUCAUGCAACCUCCAGCGCCAUCAAGGACAGUCGAUGCCCGACACGACAGUCUGGAAGCUGCCCUAGAUGUUUUUAAAGGACCUGACAGCACUGCAAUUCCAAUAGGAGGUCGUCAGCAACUGCGAGACCUUGCUGAGAAGCACAAGCAGGCGGCGGCCAAAGCGGUCAUGCUCGUGUCAAGCGCCCCAGCAUCCACCACCGCUGCCGGGGCCCCCGCCACCAGCCAGCCGCCGGCCUCCACCACCUCACCCCCACCCCCCAGUACAACCCCCGCUGAGCUACAAGGAGUGACCUCCUCCCUGGAGCAAACCGCCACAGCCCUGAUCAGCUACUGCCACGGCUUCACUGCGGGGUCGGGUCCCUCUCUGAAGCGCUCCCUCAGGCAGCUGUGCGAGGGGGUGGUGGGACCUACCCGGGAGCUGGUGGAGAAGCUGGCGGGCGGCGAUGGAGAUGCGGAUGGCCUAAAAAGAAUCUUCGGUUUGGUGUGGGGCGCCUGCGACGAGUUGACCCGGGCUCCCCUGGACAACAAGAGCUGCCUGUUUAGGCAACUCGCGGAUGUAAUGCAGGGGGUCAAGGGAGCCGCCAAAGAGUUGGACGAGCUGUGCGAGGCCUCCCGCCAGGAGCUCGAAGGCUCCGGAGCAGUUGGCGAUUCCAACGACAACUGCCGUAGCUGCAACGGUAGCGGCGGUGUAACAAAGAAGGGGGAGGAGGGGGAAGAGGAAGAGGAAGGGGAGGAAGACAACGGCGAUGUCAGACAUGACGAUGAUGAUGAUGAGGAGGAGGACUCCGAUGACUUCCGCGAUAUGGGCACUCUGAGCGCCUCGGAGUUAUCAACUGCGGAGGCUGCUGCGGGGCUGCUACAUGCAGCUGGGGGGGUGGUGCGGCUCAUUAGCAGGCCCCUUCUGGAAGGUCCCCCACUUUCUUCCGGCUCCCCCCUGGAGCAGUGGGAGAGCCUGAUCUGGCACGCGGCCAAGUUGAGAUCCUCUUGCGAGGCCCUCGUGGCUUGUCUGUACCCGCCGCAUGACGACCUGGAGGAGCUGCGUGGAGAGUCGGAGGCCGUGUCCAACACGUUGGAGCUCAUGCUGGGGGAGCUGCCUUCCCAGUAUUUCGGCGGAGGGGAGGAGGAGGAAGGGGAGGAGGAGGAGGAGGAAGGGGAGGAGGAGGAGGAGGAGGAAGGGGGGCAGGAGGAGGAGGAAGGGGGGCAGGAGGCGUCCCGGGGGCCGGGGGCGGGACAAACUAGCCCCCGGAUGGAUGGCUUCUGGGCAUUGCAUACUUAUAACCUGCAGCUGCUGUAUCAUUGA